CUGCACUACGGGACCCUCCUGGGCAGCAGAGCUUGUGUCCACAUGGCAGCAGCUGCCUGGGGCAGUGGGUUGCUCUACGCUGUGCUGCACACAGCCAAUACAUUUUCACUACCACUCUGCCAAGGCAAUGCUGUGGACCAGUUCUUCUGUGAAAUUCCACAGAUCACCAAGCUCUCCUGCUCAGACUCGUACCUCAGGGAAGUUGGGCUUAUUGUGGUUACUGCUUGUUUCAGUGUUGGCUGUUUUGUUUUCAUUGUGCUGUCCUAUGUGCCGAUCUUGAGGGCUGUGCUGAGGAUGCCCUCUGAGCAGGGACAGCACAAAGCCUUUUCCACGUGCCUCCCUCAUAUGGCCGUGGUCUCCCUGUUUAUCACUACUGCUGUGUUUGCCUACCUGAAGCCCCCCUCCAUCUCCUCCCCAUCCCUGGACCUGGUGGUGUCAUUUCUGUACUCGGUGGUGCCUCCAGAUGGAGAUGAAUACCACCUGCACCCUCCUGCCCUUGACCAUCGCACCCACAGCACCGUAGUCAUGCUUAUCACUUUCCAGGUCUCCUGGGACAAUAUUAGUGGUGCUCGUGUGGAAGAGCAGCAGCAGUUAACAUUCCCGGUGCCGGACAAGCCUCCCACCAAUGCACCACUUGAUCAAGGACAGCUGACAGAGCUCCUUAGAAGCUGCUAG